AUGUUUUCCUUUAAUGCAGGUCAUCGGGUACCAACAUUGAAGGAGGCAUACAAAUGGUGGCAGUAUGAACCAAAGGGAACAGCAAUCAUUAAGUUUCUUAUCUCGUUGGAAGAAUCAAAGCUUGGAAAGAAGGAGGAUGGGAUCAGCAAAGACAAAGACAACAGGGAUGAAAGCAUCGAGGCAGAAAAGAUUAAUCAUGUUGUUCAUGACCCUUUCAUGGAUCCCCACAAUGAAACUCUACUAGAUGUUGAUUUUGCAUCAGAAUUCUCCGAUGGCAAACGUGCAAGUCGAGGACUUCCACCAGACUUCAUCAGAAAAUGGUGCUUGGAUAAAGUAUUUACAAAAGUGGAGGAGCAAGUGGACUUUAGUCAGGCGCUCACCGGCAUAGACUAUCUUCAGGACCUAGAGUGCCGAAGGAGAGAAGCUCUUAGAGAAGUUGCCUUGCGAUUGAAAAUUGACAAGCAUAACUGGAGAAAGGUGCUCAGUGCUGAUCCUGAUGCCAAGAAGUGGGUGGAAGAUAUCCAAGCCCAGGAGACAAUUAUUGAAGGUUUUUAUGCUACUUGCUUCAUUGAUCUGAGAAUCUGGACUAUGCUUCAUGAACUCAAAACUCUACCCUUUUAUAAACCGAAUGUUAUUGCGAUGCUCAAUACCCUUUAUCCACCAUGCAUCCGAGAACUUCCAAACAAUCGCAUUGAUCCUGAAAAAUUACGAAGACACCGAUCCAAAUUUUACAAUCUCAUCGUUGAGGUGUCGCACAGCGGUAUUAAAGCACUGAAUGAUUUUGAAAUGCAUCUCAAAGACUCAGCCUGCAAACAUAAUUGGAUUGAUACUCGAGAAAAUUUAAAAGAUUACAUUGAGCUAGCCAGUAAGAUGAUCGAGCAAUCCAAUGCUGUAUACGAUAUUAUGUUCUUCAAGAAAAGCACUGCAGUAGCAUCCACCAUUAGAUCUGCACAUUCCAGAGGCACAACCGCAUCUUCAUUAUUAUCAGCUCGCACUGAACGACAGGAUAAUCAAAGUGAACAAUUAGCCACGGCAAAGUAUGUUCUUCCCGGUCCAAAAAUUCCAACUUCUAGACUUCAUUCAAAAAGCAUAACGGACAAUGUGCACAGUCAUGAGAAUUCUUCUAACAGCGCAAUCAAUUCCGAUUCCCCAAUCGAGUCACAAAGUUCUGGCAGGGGUGAAGGAAAACUAGAGAGUCGAAAACGCCUGGCAUCUCCCAAACGUCACCACGAGUACUCUCAAGAAUAUCAUACCAUACCAAUGAAUGCUCCAAGAAUACUCCGUUCUGUUGUGACGACUCCUAACCUCUUCCAGAAUCAAAGUUUCUCAACUUCAAUUCCGCCAAGUACAAAAAUGGAAGUCACAGUACAGACCAACCAACAUACGAGGCCACGAGCAAAUACACCAUUUAUGGAGCAACAAUCUGAAGCAGCACAACAUAGCAGUUCCCAAUCCUGGGCCCCAUUGAAAGAUCAGCAUCAGAAAUCAACAUCCCGUCAAACAUCAUACCCUGAUCCAUGGUCAAGAGGUCCUCCCAAUCCGAAAUAUCAACAACCUCCACGAAAAAUAUCUGAAGAUGAAAAGCUUCUGCAAAUUUUGCGCCGCGGGGAAGCUCCUAUUAGAAGAAGAGCAUCUUUUACCAAUGGGAUAAAUUCAUCCUCACGGCUUAGAGCCUCAAGUGCCACUUCCACAAAGAUUAAACCUCACAGAAUGUAUAAAGAUAGCUGCGCUACUUCAUUUGAGACGCUUCGAGCCGGCUCUUCGCCACAUGAGAAUUCCUCGACUAGAAUCAGCCCAAGAAAACAAGUUGAAAAGGCCUUAAAGAGUAAUACAAGUGCAAUUCAAGCAUAUCAAGCCUUGGAUCUACGAGAAUUACCCGGAUAUCCUUCAGUUCCAAAGGCCAUAGCUCCAGAGAAUACUCAAAGACCCCGGCUCCGAAAACAGAAGUCAUAUGGCUCCUCUGGCGGUCUUCGAGGUCGGGCAAUGAGUGAUUUUGCUCCGACCAUCAACUCUCAAGUGCCUUUGCAGCAAGAGACACCAGUGAUAGGUACUUCACGAAAACUUCAACUUCGCAAAACACUCUUGCGCGAAUCUUCUACGGAUAUUCGGGUAUCAAAUUCGUCUCCGGCUUUUAGUGAUUAUGAUUUUCCUACUUCUAAAACUACUCCAGCGCUGACCGCACCGAGAAUCAAACUACAAGGACACUUCGCAGAUGCAGCUAUCAGAAAACCCACUCUACCAGAGUUAUCUCCAAAUGCGGACCUUUCGUUCUUGGACAAUCCCUACGAACCCCCUCCUGGGAUUCAGCCACGGUUAAGAAAAAAGAGCAGUAUCGCCAGCAUCUUCCACAGGAAAUCAAUUGAAAGUUUGAAGUCUGUGAGAUUUGACGAUACAGAAGCAAUUCAUGAUAGCGUAGGUUUGGAAACUGCCAGGAAAUCAUCGGAACGCCCAAAAAGUCCACUAAAAUCAUCUGUGGGCUCUAAAUUUGCUACAUUCAAUGGCCGAGAUAAUGCAUUGGGUAUCUCUAUUCCAGAUGUACAAUCAAGUACUACAUUAUCUCACAUUUCUCCUGUCUCUACGGCAAAUUCUUUCAUGAGCUUCCCACCACCAUUGCCGACUAAACAAGCAUUGAAGAAGCAAAAAAGUUUGGGCCUUUUUCCUUGUGAAGGAAGUGAUUCAGUAAAUGACUUAGUGGCUCUUCCGAAACAACCAAUAUUGAAGAAACAAAAGAGUUUAGGUCUCUUCUCUCGCAGCAACAAUGGGAAAGACAUUAAUAGAGCUAUACAGACGACUCAAACAUCUGUGUUUGGAGAUUUGGGGGGCAUAUUCGAUGGCUCACAACAGGGCUGUACAGCAUAUUGUCCUUACACUGCUUUUGCUUGCAGAGAGCCAUAUAGGUUUCCCGCUCCACCUAGCAGAGUACAGGCUCAAGACUCAAAACCUAACCCAGUCAAUUCUUAUGCUCCAUCUACCAAAACACCAAUCCUGAGCGAUACAGCCCCGAAGCUAAAGCCAGCGGUACGAAUAAAUACAGCCAUCAAAUCUCUCGUCCUUUCAGAUGAAAGUCCCGUCUCAUCAGAAAACAAACUAUACGGAUUUAUUCCUCCACCAUUGAAGAAACCAGCAAGGCUUGAAGAUUGGGAGACUGAUCUUGAUAUUGCAUUAGAGCAAGAACAUUGUGUCAAUCUAGAGCACGCAAAAGCUCAAUCUACAUUAAAAUACCGAGCAUCUCCUGGAUUAAGUAUCGAUACCAUUACCUCUAAUGAUUCUAAUCAGUUGCGGAAAACGAUAUCGAAACUUUCUAAAACUACGUCGUUUGCAGAAGAUACACCGAAUUUACCUCCAGCAAGUCCGGGUUCUACAAAAAUUGGCUCGUUUUUCAUGAAUGCUGGUGCAAAUAUUAGUGCUGUUUUCGUGGGGAAGAAUAAGUCUCAUGCACUGGAUCUGGGUAAAUCACCCAAGAUACGCGUUUCUAUACUCUCUAAAAAGGAUUUUAAGGAAAAAGCUGCAUCCCUAAUCCAAACCAUCAACUCCUCCCACAUCUUCACCAAACAAAGACGCCACGCACCCAACAAAUCCCUCACGCACAAACACAAACCCAUUCCCCGCCGCAAACGCGAAGCUCUUCUCCGUCGACACUUCCGCAUCAAAGCACAUAUAUUACAACGCUAUAAACAAAUUUUCCUUCUAGAAGAUAGCACCAGAUCGAUUUAUGCGGAGGGAAUUAAAUAUUUAGAUCAAUAUAGACCUUUUGUGAGGGAAAGCCCGGAACUUUAUAGGAGGAAGGAGUUUUUGAGGAGUUGGUUGUUGGAGGUUAGUAGAGUGGAGAGGGAGAGGGGGAGAGUGUGUGGAGUACCAUUUUUGAGGGGGAGGUUGGUGAGGAGGGGGGUUAGGAAUUCGAAUGGGGUGGGGAAGGGAGGGAGAGAUUUAAGGAGGAGGGUCUUUGAGGGGUGGGCUAGGAGUGGGAAGGGGGUGGAGAGGGUUAGGGAGAAGAUUGAUUGGAGGAAGGAGGGGUGGUUUGAGGGGGUUAGGGUGAGGAGGGUGGAGAGGGUGAAGGAAGCGGAGGGGGUUAAGGAAGAGAGUAAGGAGAUUGCGCAGGGAGUGCAGGCUGUGCAGGGUGUAAAGAAAAAGAAUUUUUUGAUGCUUAGGACGAAUGGAUCUAGAAUAAAUCAAAAUGAAAAUAAAAAAUAA